AUGGUUCAUUUGUUCGGUGCAAGGUCCUCGCCGAGUUGCGCGAAUUAUGCAUUGAAAAGAACUGUACAAGACCGUAGUGAUGACAUUGAUGAAGAAAUAGCUGACACUGUUAUGAAAAACUUUUACGUGGACGAUUGCUUAAAAUCCGUUGAUACUGUUGAUCACGCGAAAUCAGUUGUGAAAGGUUUACAAAAAGCUUUGAGUCAGGGCGGGUUUCACAUAUCAAAGUGGUUGAGCAACAGUCGUGAGGUAAUGCAGGCAGUUCCUGCUAGUGACAGAGCCAAAGAGAUUCAAGAUUUAGACCUGGACCAAGACGUUCUUCCCAUUGAUCGUGCACUUGGGGUGCAAUGGAAUGUUGAGUCCGAUAUGUUCUGUUUCAAGGUCCACCUCAAGGAACGUCCACUUACCAGGAGGGGGAUGUUGUCUAUGAUUAGCAGCGUGUAUGACCCUUUGGGAUUCCUGGCGCCAUUUAUGCUUCAAGCUAAGAAUCUUUUGAAAGAUCUGUGUAGGUUAGGUCUAGGCUGGGAUGAUCCUGUCCCAGAAAAAGUUGUCGAGCGGUGGUAUCUGUGGCUAAAUGAUGUUGAAAAGCUAUCCGACUUCAGCGUUACUAGGUGUUUGAAGCCAUCACUGUUUGGAAAAAUUACUUCCGCUGUCCUACAUCAUUUUUCUGAUGCCAGUGAAAGUGGAUACGGAAUUGUCACAUAUCUCAGAUUAGUAGAUUCAGAUGAAAGAGUUCAUUGCUCAUUUGUGAUUGGAAAAUCGCGUGUUGCGCCGUUGAAACAGGUCACAAUACCGAGAUUAGAACUUACAGCUGCUACAGUUGCUGUUCGCACAGACAGAAUGGUGAAAUCAGAAAUUGACAUUCCGUUGAAUGACUCAGUGUUUUGGACUGAUAGUAUGUCGGUUCUUCGCUACAUUAUGAAUACCACAUCAAGAUUUCACACAUUCGUAGCUAAUAGACUAUCGGUAAUUCAUGAAGGUUCGAACCCCGACCAGUGGCGGUAUGUGAGCACGAAGCUCAACCCAGCGGACAUAGCUUCCAGGGGUAUUCCAGCAACUGACCUCUCGAGGCAUUGGAUUGAAGCACCAGAAUUUUUGUGGAAGUCCAUAUUACCGGAAACUACCAUUCAAGUAUCAGAUUCUCUACUUGAUGAUGACCCCGAGGUUAAGAAAAUAAACUUCGUGAAAUCAGUUACAAACAAUGUUACUUUUGAAUCAAUUGAAGAGGAUCCAAUUCACAAACUAAUAUUACACUAUUCUUCAUGGCUAAGACUUAAAAGAGCAGUAGCCUGGAUACUUAAGGUUCGCGCAAAGUUGUUGCAACGCGUAAAGUGUAAGUCUAGUUCGCAAAGUCAUUUUUCUGGUGACAUUGACCGUGGUUGUCCUGACAUAACAGUUCAUGACUUAAAUCUAGCUGAAAUAAUUGUCAUCAGUUAUACUCAGAAAAAUACAUUCCCAGAGGAAAUCGCGACUCUCGCGUCCGGAAAGUACAAAUUGAAAAGAGACAGUUCGAUAAGAAAUCUUGACCCUGUUCUUGAUGAUGGACUUUUGCGUGUUGGAGGUCGUUUAAACGAGUCAUGUAUGCCAAUUGAAAGCAAAAAUCCUAUCAUAUUGCCAAAAAACUGUCAUGUUUCUAGUCUAAUAAUGAGACAAAUUCAUCAAGAUCUCAACCAUGUUGGUCGAAACCAGAUGCUUUCGAAAUUAAGAGAAAGAUUUUGGCUGAUCAAUGCACCGUCAGCUAUCAGAAAAAUCAUUUCAAAAUGUGUAGUUUGUAGACGACAGCGAGGCAGCGUUGGUGAACAAAAAAUGUCCGAUUUGCCUGAAGAUCGAGUCACGCCAAAUGAACCACCUUUUACGCGCGUAGGUGUGGAUUACUUUGGACCCUUUGAGGUUAAGCAAGGAAGAAGCUAUGUAAAACGUUAUGGUGUUAUUUUUACGUGUUUAGCAAGUCGAGCUGUUCAUUUGGAAGUUGCCGCGUCUCUAGACACUGACUCGUACAUCAAUGCAUUACGUCGUUUUAUUGCUCGUCGCGGACAAGUGACAAAAAUGCGGUCUGAUAAUGGAAGUAAUUUCAUUGGUGCCAAUAAGGAACUCAAGAAAGCGAUUACUGACUGGAAUGUGUGUCAGAUUCAUGACGCAAUGUUACAGAAAAACAUAGAUUGGCAGUUUAAUCCUCCAGCAGACUCGCAUCAUGGAGGCGUCUGGAACGAAUGA